AUGCUAAAGAUAUCGAGCGAAGGCUAUGUGCGUCUUCGCUGUGUUUGCACCUCGCCGCGCGGAGCGGACUGGUUUGCAUGGAGACGGCCGAGAUCCUUUGGUGUAACUCAAUGCCGAUGGAAGCACGUCCAGUGCACCUUUGAUCUCCUCGGCCGCGCAGCAACCUGCGUGUGUUAUGGUUCGGGGAGCGAGAGUCACACGUGCGAACGUCUAGACAGGAUCCUUAUCUCGGCCGAGAGGUCGCCGCGGCAGGAAGCGCGCCGCGUGGGCGGACGUUUAACGCGCGAGGAAGCGGCGCACGCGUCCGGUGACCGCUCGCCGGUAAUCUCGGCCGACGGGACAAUCCGCGCGCGA